AUGGAAGACGCAACACCAAAUAAUGUACUGAUUGACCCACAUUGCGAACUUAAUGCUGCGAUAAAACAGCUAAAGUGCAAGACGUCUCCUGACGAAGACGGUAUUCAUCCGGAUUUUCUAAUUAGAAUGGGACCGAAAGCCAAAGAAACCAUAAUGACGCUUUACAACAAAAUCUGGGAGACCAGUCUCGUACCUAACCAAUGGAAAAAAAUCUGGGAGACAAGUCUUGUACCUAACCAAUGGAAAGUUGCUAAUACCAGCCUUCCACAGGGUCCACAGGAAGCUGUCACAACCUGCACUCUUUUCAAUGUCCUCAUCAAUGACAUAGCCGAAUUGGUACAGACAGUCACGAGCAUGCAAUGCCAUAGCCGAAUUGAUGAUCUUGUUCUAUGGUAUUCCGCCACUGAGAAAAACGCUCAGGAGAUGACAGAUAGUGCUCUUAAUAGUGCACUUAAACUACUAGCAAACUGGUGCGACAACAAUGGAAUGGUAAUCAACACUCCAAAAACUGCACUCCAAACUUUUUCUUUGGCCCAUCAGAGCAUAAACCCGCUCUUAAGGUACAAGGAUACUACCUUAGAAAACAUCCCGCUUCUAAGGUACAAGGAUACUAACAUAGAAAAAACCGAACUUCUAAGGUACAAGGAUACUACCCUAGAAAAAACCAGUAAGUUUCACCAUGGUACAAGGAUAUUACCCUAUAAAAAACCAAUGAGUUCACAAUCUCGGAAUGACGUUUGA